AUGAGUACACGUCCCUGGAAGUGCAAGAAAGUACAUUUCGGAUCAUCAACUAACAUUCAAAUAUCUAGAGAAAGAAAUCUCCCCUCAAUGCUUCCCCUAUUCCCAUCUUCGACCACUCUCAAGGCCACCUUCGGCCACAACCGCGUCGUUCUAAACGACGACAAACCCACCUCGACACCUCUGCGAACACCUCGACAAGCUCGAACCGACCGCUUCUCCGCCUGGUCCAUCGCCGAUGACGCUCAAGGCAAAGCCACCGAUGCAGCCCAAGCCAACGCGGGAAAGAUCGAGCUAUACAGCCCGAAAUACUAUGCCACCUCAGGCAACUUCGACGGGUGGCGCAAGAUCAUCAGCGCGGAGGGCGCGGCCGGGAUUUUCACCGGCGGCGGACCCACGGCCGUAGGCUACUCGAUCCAGGGCGCGUUGAAAUAUGGCGGAUAUGAGUACUUCAAGAAAUUCUAUGCGGACCUCGCGGGGGAGGCCAACGCUGAGAAGUAUAAGACUUGGAUUUAUCUGGCGGGGUCCGCGUCCGCGGAGGUCAUUGCUGAUGUGGGACUUUGUCCUUUUGAGGCGGUGAAGAUUCGGAUGCAGACGACGAUGCCGCCGUUUGCGAAGGGCACAAUGGAUGGGAUUCGGAAGAUUACUGCGACCGAGGGGAUUGGCGGGUUAUACAAAGGUCUCUACCCGCUCUGGGGCCGCCAGAUCCCCUACACCAUGAUGAAGUUCGCCUCCUUCGAGACCGUCGUCGAGAUGAUCUACCACCGUCUUCCAGGCUCCAAAGCGGAUUAUUCCAAGGCCGCGCAGACCGGCGUCGCCUUCACCGGUGGAUACAUUGCGGGAAUCCUCUGCGCGUUUAUCUCACAUCCGGCCGAUGUCAUGGUUAGCAAAUUGAAUGCCUCCCGGGCGCCGGGCGAGGCCUUUGGAGCUGCGGUCGGAAGGAUUUAUAAGGAUAUUGGCUUUGGCGGAUUGUGGAAUGGUCUUCCGGUCCGUAUCGUCAUGGUCGGCACCUUGACUGGGCUCCAGUGGAUGAUCUAUGACUCGUUCAAGAUCUACAUGGGCUUCCCAUCCACCGGCGGAAGCUCGAAAGCCCAAGAGGCCAAGGUUUGAGUGAAUCCUUCGUUGUGUUUGUUAUACGCGAUUGCGUGGCUCGUUGUGUUUGUGUUCUUCAGAAAUGU